AUGCGCGAAUCGCGACACCAAAAAUUCGUGUGGACCAUCCGUCACGACUGCGCACUCGUGGACUCAGUGCUGGCACUGGGAGACAUGCUAGCAGACCCAAUUCGUUCGUAUCCACGAACCAAGUUUUGGGCCAGCGUGAGUGACGAGUUGCACGCUGCGCACAAUUUGGCACGUAAUAGUCGUCAAUGUCGCGACCGAUUCAAUCUAUUGUUUUCUCGCGCAUUAUUGGUUCCUGUGGAGCUGCGUCGAUCGCCACCAUUGUCAUCGUCUAUCCCAUUGUCUUCCACUUCGCAAACUACUACUACUACUACAGGCCCGAUGUCACGUGUACCGGUAUACGACGAGUCAUCUGAAGCUGACUCGCCAAUACCGUCAGAAGUGGUUUUAGAAUCGCGGCUGCAGAUGUGUGUGCGACGUUUCCGGUUUGGCAAUGGACGAAGUUUGGAACUGAAUAACAAUAGUAACAACAGCAGCAACAGCAGCAUCAACACGGCAAAUGCAAUAGACCGCAUCAGCACGGUUCCUGGACUCGCUACCACUGCUACUUCCAAUGCUCCGUUAUUAGAUAGCCCACCACCGCCGCCACGAACGGGAGCGCUUCACGAACUAAUACACCCACCGGAUUCGCCCACGCAGACACCCGUAACACGGCCUGAAGCACGGUUUGCAGAUUUGGCGCUCAUACAUUCACAGCUGCAUCACGUUCACGCCGUGUUGGGUACACUUACAACAGAUGUAGCACAACUAAAGGCCCAAGUUGCGCAAUUGCAACAAUGUCUCCCAUCACGCGAUAGUGGUGGUAGUGUUGAAAACAAGAGCCGCGGUGGAGCGAAGCAGGAAUAA